AUGUUAGAAAGAACAAGGAAAAUCCCUGCACAUUGGACAAUAGAUGAAGAAAGGGCCCCGAUUGAUUACCUCUCCAGUAACAAAUCUGGGGCUGGUGAUGGUCUAAGCUUCAAAAUGACCACUUUUCAAGGAGCCGCUGAACACAUCAAGAAGACCUUCACCCAUCAGCGUGGUGGAGAAAAGACCACUGAUUCCUGCAAGAUGAAGUGGGGCAAUCUCAAGUCAGCUUAUGGUGUUGUUGUCAACAAGAUGUCAGAAAUUCUUAAUUUAGAUUUCAACCCCUUGCAAUGGGUUUCAAUGCCCAAAUGCAGGGCACAUCUUUAA